AUGUCACCACCGCGCGUCAUCAUCAUCGGUGGCGGCUCCCGCGGCAAGGUCUACGCCAAGUCUAUUCAGAUUUGCACCUCUGCCGUUGUUGCCGCCGUGGCCGAGCCAGUUCCUUAUAAACGCCAGUUCUUCGCCAAGUCCUUUAUCCACACCCACACCCCUCCCGCCGCUGGCCAACAGUUUGCGCAUUGGGACGAAUUCGUCGCCUGGGAGUCAGAUCGCCGGAAGCGCGAGGCCGCCGGCGAGCCUGUGCCCCUGGCAUCGAUACUGCUUUCGUCUGUGUACUCGACGAGGACCACCGAGAUGUCAUCGUCGCCCUAG